GACAUUUGUGACGUUAUGUGACCUAUAAACUUCAACCUACAAAUAGAUCAUGAUGCAAACAUCAAAAUUUUUACUAAAAGCUGGAAACCUCGUUAAAAAUGAUUUGAGGUUGAGAAACAAAUCUCACUUGGAAGCCCUAAAAGAGAAGAUUUCCAAGGGCCCCACGUUGCAGGAUUUCAUCGAAAGCACUAAUCCAGUGUUGGAGGAUGACCCGGAGGCGUGGAAGGAGUACGAGGGGAAGUUAAAGAGGGAAAAGGGGGAAAAUCAGAGGUUACGAUUACCGCCUUGGUUAAAACGUACAAUACCUACAGGUAAAAACUUUAGUCGCCUUAAGGAGCAAUUGAGGGACUUAAAUUUGCACACUGUGUGUGAGGAGGCAAGGUGCCCCAAUAUAGGAGAGUGCUGGGGAGGGGGCGAACAUGGAACAGCUACUGCUACCAUAAUGUUGUUGGGUGAUACUUGCACAAGGGGUUGCAGGUUUUGUUCCAUCAAAACAUCAAGAAAUCCCCCUCCACCUGAUCCAAAGGAACCUGUAAAUACAGCAACAGCUAUAGCAACAUGGGGGUUAGAUUAUGUGGUUUUAACGUCUGUUGAUAGAGAUGACUUACCAGAUGGUGGUUCAAUGCAUUUUGCAGAAACUGUCAGGGAAAUAAAAAGACAGAACUCUGAUAUUUUGGUGGAAUGUUUGGUUCCCGACUUUAGGGGUAAUUUGGACCAUGUAAAAAACAUUGUAGAAUGUGGUCUUGAUGUGUAUGCACAUAAUAUUGAAACAGUGGAAUCAUUAACUCCCUUUGUGAGGGAUAGGCGUGCUCAAUAUAGGCAGUCCCUUGAAACUCUAGCAGCUGUCAAAAAGUUCAACCCCGAUUUAAUCACAAAAUCCUCCAUAAUGUUGGGUUUAGGUGAAUCUGAUGAGGAAGUUCACCAAACUUUAAAAGAUCUUAGGGAAAAUGAUGUUGACUGCGUAACUUUGGGCCAGUACAUGCAACCCACCAAAAGACAUCUCAAAGUGGUUGAAUAUGUGACCCCAGAAAAAUAUUUGCACUGGGAAAAAAUUGGUAAAGAAAUGGGUUUCCUUUAUGUAGCAAGUGGUCCAUUGGUAAGAAGUUCCUACAAAGCUGGGGAAUUCUUUAUUGCCAGUAUAUUGAAGAACAGAAAAAUUAGUAAGGCUUAAAUAUUGUAAAUAAAUGUCUAUUAUUGUAUAAAAUAAAACUAAAUAUUAUUUUAACAAUCGUUUUAUUUACACCUAGACUAAAUCAACAAAAACUAAAAUAUAUCUGAACCAGUUUGUCUUGCUCUAUUAUAAGCAUCUUCUUUGGUUAAUUUUUCCUCAGCUGAAGGUUCUAAAGGAGUUCCAUCAUUGUUUAAUUUACCCUCUUUUAAAUCUUGGGCUAUUUUUGGAGCAUAAACAACAUUAAACAAAUCUUCAGCUGUGAAUUCUGAUUGGACCACAUCUGGGGUUUUAUAUGAAACAUAGGGCUUCAA